UCACGAACACGAGUUUAUCAGUUUACGUUAUUCUUCUUUCGUUUGUAAUUUUCGAUACAAUAGUUGAAGAGAUUGUACUGAUUUAUAAUAUAAUUAUACAUAAAGGUAGAAACCCAAAAUACGAAAAGUUUAUCUUCUAGUCACAUUUUUGUGUCGCUGGUGACCUCGUGUACUUAUGCUCACUGCCGCCAACUCGUUCCCAACAGAGAAAUUUCAAGACGUUGUGUGACGGUGAAUUCUACUUACUUUGUAUAUUCGGUUGCAUCGUCGUCAUACCAUGUUUACCGCACCUAUGAACAGUGUUGAGAAAUGUUGUUGCGGUUUCAUGGGACUAAACGUGCUGAAAAAGAUUUUCAAAAUUUCUUUACAAUUCGGGAUUUUUUCAUGAACUUGAAGCGCUUGAAGGGUCCUAUAAUUUUGUCUAUUACCGUGGACCCCCGGUAAUUUGAACGGCACCUCAUUCAAAUUAACGGGGUCCGCUUUUAAUUUGAACAACUGGUAACCCUAUACAUGUUGAUAUUGGAGAGUAUCUGGUUACCUUAUUAUUUGUUAUUGUUAUGAAUAUUUCUUUCUCACGCGAAUUGUUUAUGCCUACUGAAUAGUUGAUCCUGCUGAUUAUCGUUGAUAAACGUAAAAACAGAACCAUGAAUCAGAUAAAAGCUAAUCAAUCCCCCAGAAGGUUGACUGCUGCAAAUGGGAACGUAGUGCCUUCCGUGACAAAAAAAAGAAGGCACACGACACUUACCCUUCUGCAGAAGCUAGAAGUGAUUGAGCUGCUGGAUUUAGGGAAUUCUUCUCUGGACAAAAUUGCUCGAACUUUCAACGUCUGCAAAUCCACUGUUUUGAAUAUUUCUCGUAAAAGGGACUCAAUUCGCACAGCUGAAAAUCGUUUCCGGGAAAGCGGAGUAUCAGGUAGGCGAACUAUGAAGUCGGCAAGAUUCAUCGAUUUGGAGGAAGCGCUGUUCAUGUGGAUCUUGCAGGAGAGAAAUAAGAAGCAUACCAUUACACCAGAUGUCGUAAAAACAAAAGCAGAGGUGUUAUUUUCCAUACUGAAGGAAAAACGAAAGUAUUCAAACGAAGUGACUUUCGCUGCUACGAACGGAUGGUACGACAGGUUCCGAAAACGUUACGGAUUGCGCAUGCUGACUGUUUCUGGCGAAAAGGCAUCCGGGGAUAUUGAGGCGUUUACUUCAUUCAAAAGCAUUUUUCUCCAGGUUAUUUUGGAAAAUGGAUAUGAGAAGCAUGAAAUCUACAACGCGGAUGAAUCGGGGCUGUUUUUCAAGCUGCUUCCAUCACGAACGUUGACUUUGCAUGAUGAAGACAUAGCCAAAGGAAGGAAGGUAAUCAAAUCCCGUGUUACUUUCAUGCCUUGUAGCAAUAUAGAUGGGUCAAAUAAAUUGCCCUUGAUGCUUCUGGGAACCGCACAAAAUCCAAGAGCACUCCCAAAAGACAAAUCAUCGUUACCCGUGUACUAUAGAAGCUCCAAAAAAGCAUGGAUGAACAGAAUACUUUUCAGGGAGUGGUUCUAUGAUCAGUUUGUUCCAUCGGUCAAAGCAUUCGCUCAAAAGCACAAUCGUGCACCACGUGCUUUGCUUCUACUUGACAAUUGUUCAGCUCACCAUGAUGGUGGUGAUAUUCUCGAAUGUGAUGACAUUAAAGUUGCGUAUUUACCACCCAACGUUACAUCACUCGGCCAACCUAUGGACCAGGGAGUUUUGAAUGCAAUUAAAAAACGUUACAAAAAAAAGCUGAUGUUGCGUCUUCUUUUGAGCGACGAAGAUUUAUCUAUUGAGGAGAAACUGAAAGGGAUUUCAUUGCGUGAGGUGAUAUGCUGGCUGCAUCAAUCAUGGGAGGAAAUUUCCGGGAAAACUAUUGAAGGAUCCUGGAAAAACCUGAUCGAUGAAUAUCCAUAUUUCACUCUGGAAAGUGACGAAGACAACUCCUUGGAUGAAGAUGUUCUAGCGUUGACGUCAUCAUUUGCUGACGCUUUGGAUGAAUAUCCGUCUUCAGAUGAAGUGAAACAGUGGCUUAAUGAUAGUGUCUACGAUAUGAACGGUAAUAUUCUCACCGGGGAUUGCGACCUCUACACUGAUCAGGAAAUUGUGGACUAUGUGCUUAACCGCCAGGAAAACUCCAGCCUUGAGUUUGAUACUUCAAAUGAGCUUGACCAAAGUAAUACGAUUCCCAACGAUGCGAUUAGGAUUGUUAGAUUCGAUGAGGGCCGUGAUAAGCACGACAAAGCCAUGGAAUGUGUGGAGUAUCUCAUUGACUUUUUGGAAGAUGAAGGAGACACACUAGAGGUCAUUAAGUUACAUAAUGUGAAAAGCAAGUUAAUCGAGCUUGAAUGGAAACGACGUAGAGAAUCAUGAAUAGUUGUAAUUAUUAUCGUACACUUAACGUUUUUACUUCCGACUGAUGUUAUUGUUAAGUUUUAAACAGUUUUGAUAAAAAAAACCUUUUUUUUAUUUUUUUAAAUAUUGAAUACCUAUGCUAAAUACGAUAGGCACGCUUGCCUUUUCACAAAUCCAAUAAUGAUUUCAGGCUUUAUUUUGCCACAUUUGUUUCUUGAUCUUUCCUGAAAAUGUGAUCUGAAUAGAUUUUUUUCUUUUUUGUAUAUCCUGAAAUGAUAAUAAAAUAUCACUCUACAAAUGCGAUUCAUUUCUCAAAUGUAUAUUGUAGAUCCAGUUGAAAACCAAACUGA